CCAAGAGAAGUGCACGUCGUUGUUUGCCUGCUGAACGCACAAGUUCCCUGUUUGACUUCUGCUUCUGCUGACAUGAGUUAUAAUGAAACCGGUUCCCAGCUACCUCAUCACGACGUCGGAAACAUGUUCCUGCAAAUAUUCCUGAUCAUUGAGCUGAUCGUGGGGCUGCCGGGAAUCCUGGUGGCCCUGUGGAUUUUCUGUUUACGAAUGAAGAAGUGGAAGUCCCACGAGAUCUUCCUCUUCAACCUGGUCCUGGCCGACUUCCUGCUUCUCAUGAGCGUGCCCUUCCGGCUGGACACCCACAGUCGGAACGACAACUGGAGGUUCGGCUCGACGUGGUGCCGCAUCAACCUCUACAUGCUGUCUGUGAACCGCUCGGCCAGCAUCGCGUUCAUGACCGUAGUGGCCGCGCACCGGUACUUCAAGGUGCUCCGUCCGCAUCACCCCAUCAGCCGUCUAACCAGGACUCAGGCGGUCGCGCUCACCGGACUGGCGUGGACGGUCGCGGUGGCCUUCCGGAUUCCGCUGCUGACGGUCGACCUCCUCCAGAAAUCGGGCAACAUCUCCCUGUGUCGUAGCUUCCACUCCUACGAAGUCAUACCCGCGCCGAUACUGGGGUACUACGUGUCAUACACCGCGGAGUUCUUCCUCCCGUGGUUUUUCUUGAUCUUCUCCUCGGUCAGCAUUUCUUGCCACCUCCGCAGGCGGCGCCUGGACAGGCAGGCCAGGGUCCAGAGGGCCAUCCGGGCGCUGAUUGUGAUCAGCACCGUCUUCACCCUGUGCUUCAUGCCUAGCGUCGUCACAGGCCUGGCGGCAUGGUACAUCAAGAAUGCCUACCCGGAGGAUUUUUCAAUGUACAAUCUGUGGACCCACCUCUUCAUGAUUUCUAUCAGUUUUACUUACCUGAACAGCGCUUUGGAUCCUCUCAUCUAUUUUUACUCUAGUUCCACGUAUCGGGAUACUUUAAAGAACUCCUUUGUGAAGAGAAGGAGAAUACGAGCAGCUGGCAAAUCUUAAUCGCUGAAAGAAGAUAGAAUCGAAUGUAAUGCUGGAGAUAUGCGAUGUUCUAAAGCCUAAAACAAACCUUUUUUGUAGAAAUGUUGAAAGCUCUUCUGAUCUGUGCAGAAGCAGUACCUGAACUAUGUGAUGUUGGAGUCAUGAUUUUAAACCCACGGAAAAUAGAAUUAGGACAAAAUUAUUUCAGCUAUGUGGGAUCUAAGUUUGUAAAGUUAAGAAGAAUUAAGCGAAGACAAAGCUUGCUUGUCCUCUGUCUGCUUGUCAACUACCUCUUUUUGAGAUGACUACCAAUGAUGGUCCUCAUAAAUUGAGAAAAAGCAGUUAAAAAGUCCUUAUCAGGUCCGAUAAAGCAUUUCGAUGAAUUAUGUCUCACUUUGCUACUUUACUAUUAGGAUGUAGCAAGUUUUCCUCUGUAAAACCCAAUAGAUUAAGGGGGAUUUCUAGUCAGCGCAACUCCAACCAAAACAAACAACUUAUCUAAUCUAAAAUGCUUGAUGCAUCCCGUCCUUAUUUUAAGGAACCUAUUUUUGUCUUUUAUACCACGUUCGCAGUAUUUUUAUGUUUAAUUUGUAAGUUUUAAUAUAAUUCACGGUUUUGUACAAUUCGCUUUUAUAGCUGAUAUAUUUUUGUAAUAUUUUUUUCAGUUUUUAUCUUUUUAUAUUGAUUCUUUUUUUAAAUUCUAUCAUUAAACAUGGUGUUGCAUUUUGUCUGAAAUUAUGUGUGAAUAUAUAUAUACAUGUAAAUAA